AUGGAUGGCGGUGAAGAGAGAGGAGGGACAGCGCCAAGUGGGAGAACAAAGACUGUCAUUCCAGCCUCGGCUAUCUAUAUGCCAUAUCUAGCCUUUUCGACACAGCAUCGAGACGAUAUUGAUCUGGGGCCUACCGAGAGUCCAAAUUCGGACAAAGCUAAGCUCGAACAGGUCAAGAAGGCUUCAGAAAUUCACAAGAAUCACAUGCAAUGCUACGGAGGAUCAGUGGUCCAUGGAUCGCCAACACUUGAUGAAUGGUAUUACCACUUCGCAGAGGAUCCAGAAUCUACUCAAGAGAGGCUGUAUCGAAACCAGUCACAGGUUGUCAACAAGAACCUACAAGUGGAUGCUAAUCAGCUCGCUCACUGGCCUCUACUGCGAGUCAACCAACUCUGGAUAUGGACAAUUGACAAUAAGUGGUUGAUAACUGCCAGUUCUGAACAAGUGGUCGAUGGUAAGGAUGAGCUGCUCAAGGGCAUUCUCCAUCAUCUUCGAAAGCAGGUUGAGACUCAAGGCAGUCAUUCACAGCCGAGCUCCGUAUCUGCCAUGGGCAAUUUCAUCGUCAACUACUGUAUUGGCUCGUACGAAAGGCAACGUGAGACGGAAAACCGUGAUCCCAAGGCGGAAAGUCAACUCUCUAUCCGUCAAAUCUAUUCCAAUGAGAUUAACACCAUAGGACGAAAUGAAACGGCAGUCUUUGACGAGUUUAACGACAAGGCGAGAAAACGGAGAAACGAGCUACAUCCUAGACCUGAGAAUCAAGUGUCGGCAUACAACGAUAUCAAGGAGACAAUGAAGAAGGCGGAAAUGCUGUACUGUGAUAUCAAAGAUAUCCGCGAUGAGCUGAGCAUCAUAAAAUCCGUGGCGCAGUACCAGAGAACAGUCCAAGAUCAGAUUGCUAGCAAUCAUGGCACAGUAUCUAAUCUCACGGCCAAUUAUAUCUCAAACGAUGUUCGGGAAAUGGACAAUGUUGCCAUUCGCAUUCAAGGAGCU